AUGCUUGCUUCUGAACCUCUUAGCCACUACCCACCCAAUCCGAUUCCGGAGCUCGCAAAGGAUCUGUGUAUGCAGGCUUUACAGCAUCUCAAACCCGGAAUUGGGACCAAGAUAGGCCGGCCCGAGUACUAUAAGGCGCGAAGUAUCCAACAUUGCUGCCAAAUGAUUGGCCGUCGUCGAAUGAGUAUAGAAAGGAAGUAUGAUGGGGAAUACUGCCAGAUACACAUUGACCUCACGAAGCGCCCCAAUCCCAUCCAAAUUUUCUCCAAAAGUGGCAAGGAUUCUACCGACGACAGGGCGGGAAUCCACUCUGUGAUCAACGACUCACUGAAAAUCGGUAAGCCUGGAUGCAAAUUCUCUCGCCAGUGCAUCCUCGAGGGUGAAAUACUUGUCUGGAGCGACAAUUACGGCAAGAUUGCAGAUUUCCAUAAGUUGCGCAAAUUCAUUGCUCGCUCAGGCACCUACAUUGGAAUAGAUAACGAUUCCCCCCCGCAACCUUAUGAACAUUUAAUGAUUGUUUUCUUCGACAUUCUGCUUCUUGAUGACGACAUCUGCCUUAGGAAGCCACAUCGUGAGCGACGGCUGCUUCUAAAGGACGUUGUAAAAGUAAUAGAUGGAUAUGCGGCCAUUGCAGAGCAACACAUCGUCGAAUUCUCCCGUCCCGACGGUCGAUCUCGUCUCGAAACAAUAUUUUCGAAGGCCGUUACAGAAAGGUGGGAAGGACUCGUCCUGAAAGGUUGUGAAGAUCCCUAUUUUUCUAUCUUUCCUGGUUCAGAGAACGGCUCUGCUGGUCGCUGGAUCAAGCUCAAAAAGGACUAUAUACCAGGGUUGGGUGACACGGUGGACCUGGCAUUGAUCGGUGCGAAAUAUGACUCUCGUGAUGCUGCUGCGUUGAAUCUAUCCACGAAGAUAUUUUGGACACACUUUUUCAUCGGCUGUCUGGUCAACAAAGACGCGGUCCUACAGUCCGCAGCUGAGCCAAAGUUUCAAGUUAUGGAUGUGAUUGACCAUAACUCCAUGAGCCUUAAAAAUAUGCAAAUUCUCAAUCAAUGUGGGCAGUUUGGUGCUUGCAGUCUGGAUUCAGGCCAUGGAUUCCGGAUAGAAUUUGGAAAGGAUAGUCUCUCCGACAUGAACACUGUGUUCAAGGAACCAUUCGUCGUUGAGAUGUUGGGAAGUGGAUUCGAGAAGCCAUCAGGUGCCAGAUAUUUUACACUUCGAUUCCCUCGAAUUCAAAAGAUUUUCCUGGACAGAUCAUUUGAAGAGGCAGCCUCGUACCAAGAACUCCAACUACUAGCUGAAGAAGCUCGUAUGGUACCAGCAGAAGAUUUGCAUCAAGAGGAAGAGUGGAGAAGACAGCUCCGGGGACAGGUGUUAUCCCACUAUAUCGUGACCAAGUCACAGACGACAUCCUCUGGGACAAGCUCGUGUCCGAUGACAACAUCUAGCCCGAGCAAGGGACCGUCCUUCGAAGCUGUCGCCACGACUGUCGUUCGAACCCAACUGCAACAUCCAUCGAGGGACUCCAUCCAGCAAUCGAAUCGCGUCAAUGAGGAGCAUGCACCAGCAGAUCCCAUUCCCAUUUUCGUGGAUUCUACGACGUCCGUAUCGUCACCGGAACCAUCCGACCCGCCUCGAGAGCUUCUGAGAAGCAAUGACAACCUAUCGUCCGUCCAAAAAAGUAGUAAAAGACGAAACCAGGAGUCUUCCUCCGACCCAUCCAAAGGUAACAGUGCUAGUUACGGCGAGGAGAAUGAAACCAUCCUUCCAUCGAAUGCCUCUAAUGAGUUGGAAUCCUGCAUAACUUUAACUUUGCAACCGAGAAAGCGUCGAAAGCUCACCGAGAACCGUGCCGCCACUGUCACUCCCAUCGUUCCUAGCUCUUGCAGCCAUCAACAAUCAUGCAUCGAGUCACCGCUGGCAAUUAUCCCAUUGUACUUCCGUCAGUACUUGGAUCAUGAUAACUCUGCCAACAGGUUAAUCCCUCCCAACUCAUCCAAUCUCUCCAAGGAUAUCCAGGACUUCGUACAGAAAGUAUGCUCAAACAGACCAUAUGUUAUUGCCAAGAGCCGCAAUUCAAGUGCCGCAUAUCAUGACCUUGCCCUGGGCAUGUAUAUAGCAGCAAUAUCGCAAGACUCGCUUGGAAACCUGCUUCUCGAACUCAGCCAACAGGUCUCAACGGCACUCAAAUCGAACAGACAUAAAUCUCCGCGAAACGGCAAGAUUUUCAUACUUGAUGCCAAAUUCCUCACUCUCAAGGCAAGACUAGACGACCCCAGAUUUCUCCUUCGCACGACAUGGGACAGUAUCGGGAGAGAAUACUCCUACGCCUGCGUAUCAUGGAGCUCGGAGACAGGCGUUGAACACUCGAAUGAUGGUGUAAGUGCUACAGAGAUACCCGGAACCCCAGUGGAUGGUGAAGGAGGUCAUCGGUUAUGUUUUCGGGAGUUUAUUAAAGCACAGAGUGCUGCGAGAGGGCCUCGUAUUUCUAUAACGUUUGACAACCGCGAAUUGGGGAUUCUGGGAGAUUUGAGCUUCUAG